GUGCGGCUUCUCUCUUUACAGCCGGGAGGAAGCUACGUGUGUAUUUUACAUUUCGUUUUAAAAUAUCUUUGCAGCCGCUCUGCUACAACAACAAGACUUUGCUGUCUGAAGUAAAGAAGCGUGACUUAUUUGGAUCUCGGAUAUUUGCAUUAAAGGAGAGCCAUUAUGGAGCAGUACAACAAAGACACAGUUUCUGAGGAUAUCCUGCCUGUUGUCAUUAUUGGUAAUGGACCAUCAGGGAUUUGUCUCUCUUAUUUGCUGUCUGGAUACACGCCUUACCUUUCCCCCAAUGGCUUCCAUCCCAACCCAAUUUUGCAUAACAAACUGACGGCGAAUGCUCAUCUGUCUUUGCUUGACCAGGAUCUGGAGUACCUGUGUGAAGGUGUGGAGGGCCGUUCCUCAAACCCUGUGGCUGUGCUCUUCGAUGCCCUCCUCCUUCCAGAUGGUGACUUUGGGGUGGAUUGCGCUUCGCCACUGAUAUGGCGUCAUGAGCCGGAAAGGGCCACUCCUCACCUUGUACUGGGGAAGGGACCACCUGGAGGGGCCUGGCAUGCAAUGGAGGGCUCAAUGUUGACUCUCAGCUUGGCUAACUGGAUGGAACUUCCUGGUUUGAAGUUGAAGGACUGGAUGAGAGAUAAACGAAAAAAUUUACGUAAUGACCGGGCCACGCCAGCUGAGAUUGCGUCCUACUACCAGCACUAUGUGACUAAAAUGGGUCUGGAGAGGAGCUUUGCUUGCGGCACCACCGUAACCUCACUCUCUCGGGUUUCCCUUGAAUCUGACUGCUCCGUUUGGAAGAUCGAAGGCCUCCAGAGAAGCGCAAAUGGUGAUGAUGGAAAGGAAGUAAUUGAAGUCCCUUUCUGCGUAUAUGCAGAGAAUGUGGUGCUUGCCACAGGAACCCACGACAUCCCAGCCCGUCUCGACGUGGAAGGCGAAAACCUUUCCUUCGUGUGCCACAGCUUCUGGGAGCUGGAGGCCGCCAUUUCCUCAGGCCGUUUGGACCAUGCCUCCGAGCCAAUUCUUGUGGUUGGUGCUGGCUUGACGGCGGCAGAUGCCGUUCUCGCGGCUCACCACUUGAACACACCUGUAUAUCACGCCUUUAGGCGACCUGUGACCGAUCCGGCGCUUAUCUUCAACCAACUGCCCAAACUCCUCUACCCUGAGUACCACAAAGUGCACCAAAUGAUGAGCCAACAGCAACACAAAGUGGGUGAGACGGAGGUUAAUCUGUCCAACCAAGCUCUUACUUCACCUGCUGAGAACACCUGUUACCCUGGGUACCUCAGUUACCCAAAGCACCGUGUGGUUGCCUUCAGACCUGAUGGCAAGUGUGUGCUAGAGGAUGAGGGAGGGCAACAGACAGUGCUACAAGUCUCAAUGGCGCUCGUUUUGAUUGGUGCCCAUCCCAACCUGUCAUUCCUCCCAGAACAUGGUCGCCCACUGGGGUUGGACUCCGAAGAGCCAAUCAGCUGUCGGAGGAACCCGUUUGACGUGGAUCCGUACACGUAUGAGAGCGUGAAGGAGCCAGGGAUGUAUGCCAUGGGUCCACUGGUGGGUGAGAACUUUGUGCGGUUCCUGAAAGGCGGAGCUUUGGCUAUUGCAUGUGACAUCGCACGUAAACAAAGUACAAAACGACAAAGUGCGACAGAACAUCGCAAAACCAGCUUAUUGAAUAUUAAACUGACCAACUGCACCUUGUAAUCAUGAAAAGACAGACUUAAAAAAGGUGUGAAAAGAGUUUAUGUAUAUCUAUCUGGUGCUUCCAAAAUCUUUCAGAAAUGCCCCACUUAUCAGAAAGUGCUCAGUGGUUCUGCUCCGACUGACAUGAAUGAACCAGACGUUGAACGGUUCAAGACCGUUCUGACAUCCCCACUGCAAGUGCUUGCAUGCAGACUGCGAAUGCACUGACACAGAUUUGUGUAGUUAAUGGCUAACCUGGCCUAAACAUUAAUCUACAUAAGUCUACGGACACAUGGUGCUUUGACUUCAGGUAUUCGUUUGUGCAUGGCUGCUUUUACGAAACACUACUCGUGAUCUGUUGUGCCAAAUUAAUGUUUGUAAUUGCUGUGUUUUCAAAUCUAACAUUUUCUUCAUGUAAGGAAAACGGAAAACUAAUCUUUGCCAAGCAAAUGCUGCGGUUGUAUCGAUGCUGGUACUGACGGCUUGUAUUGUCUUCUUUGAUGAAUGUAGAAAUCUUAUUGGACCUAAAAAAUCAGAAAGAUCAUUGUAUCAUUUCAAAUGUUUGUCUUCCAUACAUUGCCUUCCCAAGUAAAGCAUACACCUUUAAGUGAGUCCAUUGGUUAUACCAGCAAACCUGACUUGACUGUCUAGAAUUGGGGCUCUUAAAAGUUUAAGAUGUUCUUGUUUCAUUCUGCUGUUGCUAACCAAAAGUCAAACCUCAGUGAGGUCAGGCUGCACUUACAAAACUGACCACGAGAGGGCCUUUGCACACGGUGACUGAAGCCAGCAGCAUUGCAUCAGGCAUAGUGAUCUUUCAUGACAUUAUGUGAAUGAAUGAUGCAUCCUACAUAAGCUUAUUUAUGACUGCGCUAACUAACAUGGGCCAAAUGUAACUUUGCCUAUGAGAUUGGUGCAUGGCUCCGAGGACCCUUUGAUGCAAUAAAUAAAGUAACUGUACUUUUUUUUGUUUUCUAAAAUGCAUAUCUAUUUCCUUUUUAAGAAAGCGAUUCUACACUGAACAUUGCAACAUUACAUUUGUUUAUCUUAAAAACUUAUUCUACUGUAUUAUUUGCCUAUAAGUUAUGAUCCCUGGCAGCUCUGAUUAAACAUGUUUGUAAAAAUGGUUUGUACCUUUUGGAAAGGGCAAAAAUACAAACAAAAACGAGGUU